UACACAUCUAAGACUAGAGAGUGGAAAAUCUUACUAGACGCACUCCUGAACGGAAUUCGGAGGCAAGUGUCCGAUUCUCACGGACUAAAAACCACUCUCCAUCGGGGACCAGCUCUAAAAGCUAUAACCCAGAAGGGCAGAUUGGAACUUAUUCAUUCAGGCAGCCAAGAGGGAGAGCCUCUUGUAUCUGUCUGGAUAGUUCCGGGGGCAAUAGUUCACCAAACCCGACAUUUCGGGAUUGGAGUGGACAAGAACUACUCACAUACACUAAAUAUGGACGAAUCAAUUUUAUCAUUGGAUGAGGUUCAACAGGAGCUUGAGAAAAUUGACCGUAAAUACAAUCCUCAAAAUUAUGUGGAAUUACCUGAAGGGUUUGAACAAUUGAGAAUGUUAUCACAAGAAUUAGACGCUUUAAAUAUUUCCCUUGAUCUUACUCAAAAACCUGCAAGCAUUUUUCAACGUGUGAUAACUAUUUGCAGAAACUUAAUUCAAAUAAAUCAAAAAGAUCAUUCUGAAAUUAAUGACAUUAAGCUUGCCUGUCACUUAAAGGACACUCAAUAUAGAGAUUUAUAUAAAAAAAUUCAACAAAUGAAGGAGAAAUUAAGAGCAGCUGAAUUCAAAAAUAUCGAAUUAAAAAGAAGAUUGACUGUGCAAGAAGAUCAAUGCAAAAUUAAAAUAUUAAAAUUGGACGCUCUAAAAGAAGAAUUAGAUAGAACAAAGAGAUUAAAUUCUUCAAAAAUCGAUCAUUUAAAUCGACAAUUAAACAUUUGUCGUAAUGAAAAUCAAUCGAUGAAGGUAAAACUAAGAGAAGAUAUUGGGACCUUUUAUUCUCAGGAUACUAUUGUCUCUCAACUUUUAAAAAACUAUAAGAAGAAUGAGGAACUUUAUAAAUCUACCAUAAAAAAAUUACAACAAAAUAAUAAUGCCCUUUUACAGGAAAUAGCCGACUUAAAAGAUACGAUGUCAUAAUUUUUUUUUUUUUUUUUUUUUCUCUCUUUGUUCUUCACCUUUAAAGAAAGACUGAAAAUUAACAUACUACAUUAUUUUUAUCAAUAAAUUGUUUGUUUAUUUCAA